UUAACCACUCGAUCGACCAAAAAUUAAACAUUCACAAAAAAAAAAAAACAAAUCAAUCAUUCAAAGAACAAAAGUACGCAUUAUAAACACUCCAAUUAUAUUGAUCAAAAUGACGGUUAAGAGACCAUUAGAAAACGAUACCGAGAUAGAAACAAUGGCCAUGGCCAACUGCUUAAUGCUUCUAUCUCGUGUAGGAAAAACCGGUUCAGAUUCAUUAUCUGAACCGGGGAGGUUGUUCUACUGCAAGACGUGCAAUAGACCGUUUCAGUCGUUUCAAGCACUAGGUGGCCACCGUGCAAGUCAUAAACGACCAAAGUUAAAUGAUUUGCUUAAGCAAUCUCCACCGAAACCGAAAACACAUGAGUGUUCGGUUUGUGGACAAGAGUUCGCGAUCGGUCAAGCUUUGGGUGGUCAUAUGAGACGGCAUCGUGACGAAGUUACGACGAAAAGUGUUCACACGGUGGUCAAGAAUGAAAGUGAGAAAAGAAGAAGUUUGUUUUUGGAUUUGGAUUUGAAUCUGAUGCCAUAUGAGAAUGAUUUAAAGUUGUGGCCUAUUGUUACUUAGAUAUGUACGUACGUACGUAGUUACCUAGAUAGGCCGGUACGGUUUUGUUAUGGAUCUGUUUUAUUUGAAAUUGUUUGUAUAGAAGAGUUCUUUAAUUAUUUUUUGAGCUACGAGCUAUAUAUCAUGGUUUUGGAAAUAUAUAUAUAGCUAGAGUACGUUUUGUA